GCGCCCGGAGCCUCUGCGGCGCCAGCGCGCUGGGCGGCAGCGGCGGGAUGUUCUCGGCGGGAGCCGAGAGCCUGCUCCACCAGGCCAGGGAGAUCCAGGACGAGGAGCUGAAGAAGUUCUGUUCCCGGAUCACUAAGCUGCUACAGAAGGAGGACUUGGGGCCUGACACCAUCGACUCCCUGCAGAGGCUCUUCCUCAUCGUCUCGGCCACAAAGUAUAACCGGAGGCUGGAGAAGACAUGCGUAGACCUGCUGCAGGCCACCCUUGGCCUGCCCACGUGCCCUGAGCAGCUCCAGGUUCUCUGCGCCGCCAUCCUGAGAGAGAUGUCACCCUCGGACAGCCUAACCCUGUCCUGGGACCACACCCUGAACACCCGGCAGCUGAGCCUGAUGGCCUCUGUGCUCCUGGCUCAGGGUGACAGAAGAGAGGAGGUCCGAGCCGUGGGCCAGGGCGUUCUGCGAGUCCUCGAGGCCCGGCAGCCUGAGGGGCCUAGCCUCAGACCCCUCCUCCCCAUCAUGUCGAAGGUCGUGAGCCUCAGCCCGGGCGCCCUCCCAGAGGACCAGAUCACCCUACUCAGCAAGAGGCUGGUUGACUGGUUGCGCUACGCCAGUGUCCAGCAGGGGCUGCCGCAGGCUGGUGGCUUCUUCUCUACACCCAGAGCCCGGCAGCCAGGACCCACUACGGAGGUGGACGGGGCGGUGGCCACAGACUUCUUCACGGUGCUUUCCACGGGCCAACACUUCACGGAGGACCAGUGGCUGAACGUGCAGGCCUUCUCCAUGCUGCGCCUGUGGCUGCUGCACAGCGGCCCCGAGGGCCUGGGCACCCCGGAGGCAGAUGACAGGUCGGACCUGGAAGGCUCCGCCCUGUCGGUCAUCUCGGCCACCUCCCCCUCCGGCCGCCUGCUGUCCCCCCGGGAGCGGCUCAGGGAGGUGGCCUUCGAGUACUGCCAGCGUCUCAUUGAGCAGAGCAACCGAAGAGCCCUGAGGAAGGGGGACUCGGACCUGCAGAGAGCCUGCCUGGUGGAGGCGGUGCUGGUGCUGGACGUGCUUUGCCGGCAGGACCCGUCCUUCCUGUACCGCAGCCUGUCGUGCCUGAAGGCCCUGCACGGGCGGCUGAGCACGGACGCGGCCCGCGUGCGGGUGCUGCUGCCCCUGGCCCGCUUCUUCCUCAGCCACGGGGAGGCGGCCGCGAUGGAUUCGGACGCCGUCUACCAGCACCUGCUCACCAGGGUCCCGGCCGAGCACUUCCACAGCCCCAUGCUGGCCUUCGAGUUUGUCCAGCUCUGCAGAGACAGCCUGCCCCUGCUGGGCGGGAACCUCGGCCUUCUCAGGCUCAGCUUCCCCAGCCUCUUCAAGUUCCUGGCCUGGAACAGCCCACCCCUCACCUCUGAUUUUGUGGCUCUCCUCCCCUCACUGGUGGACGCGGACACGGCCCUGGAGAUGCUGCACGCGCUGCUGGACCUGCCCUGCCUGACUGCGGCCCUGGACCUGCAACUCAGGUCACUGCCGGCUCCCUCCGAGAGGCCACUCUGGGACACCUCCAUCAGGGCUCCCAGCUGCCUCGAGGCCUUCCGGGACCCGCAGUACCAGGGUCUCUUCCAGCACCUGCUGCGCCCCAAAGCCAGCGGCACCACUGAGAGGUUGACACCACUGUACCAGCUACUGCAGCCCAUGGCUAGCUGCGCCCGCGUGGCCCAGUGUGCCGAGGCCGUGCCCACCCUACUCCAGGUGUUCUUCUCAGCAGUGACCCAGGUCGCCGAUGGAGCUCUGACCAACCAGCUGGUGCUGCAGCUCCUGGAGAGGAGCAACACUCUCUUCCGUGUCCCGCAGUACGAGGCCCGUGUGCACAGGGUGCUGAGCUCCCAGUUCCUAGCGCUGUGUAAGCUGAAGCCCUCCCUGGUGGUAGAGCUGGCAAGGGAGCUCCUGGAGUUCCUGGGCGGCGUCAGCGCUGUCUGCAGCCGGGCCGGCAUGGUCACUGCCAUG